AUGAGUUAUAAGCCCGACACCGUUGUGAAGUAUGGACCAUGGAUCCAACUGAACCAGAAAUCCCUCCAGCACAUUCAUGAUAUCGCAUCGCUCGGGUUAGGCACGGCUGCAGGGAUCUUACGCCUUGAAUCCUUAUGGGGGUUUGCGUUGUUUUUGGGAGGCAUGACCGCUGUGAAUGGAUGCAUCUGGUUCCUUCUCACGGAAGGAAAGCCCGGACAGUACUUUGAAAAUCCCCAGCAGCUGAUUUUUCUCAACGGGUUGGGCAGCGGAGUUGCCGGCUACGCCAUGAUGUGGUGUUUGGUUUCUGCCUUAGUCGACUAGUGUUACCGUUUCUGUAAAGCCAGUAAAUCAGAAAAGGCUUCAGACAAACCAAAAGAUGCCAGGGCUUUCCAAAAGGAGUGCCGUCUGUUUGGUUACACCCAUAGGUAACUGUACCUAUAGGGAUUAAUAGAGAAGCGUCUAUAAGGUAGCCAUUGUUAUGUUAAUAUAUCAACCUCCGCUUUUAGAGGAUUCAACAAAUG